ACGAGCCCCUCUUCUCCUACGGGCUGCAGCUGGCUCAACCUUGCCUCCUCUGCGGCUGGCUCCCUGCGCGCACGCCACGGGAAGCGAGGUGACCACGCGCCCCCGCCCUGCCCACCCCCACACUUCUGUUUCCGUACCGCACCAUGGAUCCGUGCGGCCGUCAGCCGCCGGAGGUUGGCUUGUUCCACCCGCGCGACGCCGACCUCAGUCAAAGGACCGAGGGCAAAGGACAAGGUCCGUCUUCCACGCGCAAGGUACAAAAGGCUGAUCGUGAGAAGAUGCGAAGAGAUAAAUUAAACGAGCAGUUCCAGGAAUUGGGAAACACACUUGAAUAUCCAGAUCCAGACCGCCCCAGGAAUGAUAAGGCGACUAUCCUUGGUGACACAAUCCAGAUGCUGAAAGAUUUGACUUCUCAGGUGAACAAGCUGAAAGGUGACUACACAUCACUUUCUGAAGAAGCACGUGAGUUGACACAAGAAAAGAACGAGCUUAGAGAUGAGAAAGCUUCACUGAAAUCUGAGGUUGAUAAUUUGAAUAACCAGUGUCAACAACGGAUGAGGUUGUUAUACCCGUGGGCUGGAAUGGAGCCUUCUGUAGUCAUUGGGCCACCUCCAGCAUAUCCCUACCCAGUCCCACUUGCCAUACCCUCUGGUUCCGUACCCAUGCAUCCGCGGCUGCAGGCAUAUCCCUUUCUCCAUAGUCAAACUUCUGGAACAAUCCCCAAUGCAUGCACCCCUUGCAUGGCAUAUACUCAACCCUGUCAUCCUCCCAAUGAUCAGCCAUCUAACAAAUUUAAUAGCCCAGUUGCCCAUUCAAGUAGUCAUCGGUCUAACUCUCCUGCACGAGACUGUAGAAGCAAGCCAUCUACAUUGCGGCAAGCAAGCUGUGGAGUGAGAACUACUGGUGUUUGUGAUGUUGCGACAGAUCUGGAACUAAAAACUCCUGGUUCUUCAGGUCCCUCGCAUUCGGAGAUCACUACCAAGGAUUCCUCUUCUGACAUGAAAACAAAGAAGCAAUGCAUAAAACAGAUUAAUUGUAGCACUCUCACAGAAGGCACCAGUUCAAGCAGAUGCUCAUCCAGUGGCCACCCAGACGUCUCGAAUACUGUUGGAGAUGGAUGCCUCUAAUAGUGUUGGAGAUGCAGUACAAAGCUUGGAUAAUUAUUGAUUGAGAAAAGAUGUCUUCUAAAUUCCACUUAGUCAGGUGUCAGCAUAUAUGUGAUGUAAUUUCCUAUUGUUGCUAGCUUAUCUACAUGGAAAUACCCAGUUCCUAAUGUCAGGACUGGACAAAUUGAGAAGCCUAUUGAUUCAGUGGAGAAAUUGAGAAGCCUAUUGAGUCAGUGGAGAAAUUGAGAAGCUUAUCUACAUAGGAGCGCUAUCCUCGUGUUUGUUAGUGGACAAAAGCUUGCUGGAAGAAAACAGAGCAAAAGCAUAUUCAACAGCCGUGUAUGAUGAUUCAAUAGGAUUUCAAGGAUCUGAUAUUCCAGCCAUUCAUUGCAGGGCUUUAGUUCUAGAUAAAUACUAGAAAACGUUGGGCGCGAUGUUGUCGCAACAUCUUUGAGCUUUCAGGAUUGAUGAUAUGCUAUACAUAUUUGUGUAGAUGCAAUACUAUGAACAGAUAAUUGUAUGAAAACAUGUAAUAAUAUGUCCUUGUUAAUGUCUAA